AUGCAAAAGUCGGCCGGUACAUCUGUACAAGAGCAAGGACCAUGGCAAUCGGCCGCGACCAGCGUGUCCGAUUACCCAAAUGCGAACUUCGAUGAAGAGGCACCCCGCUCGGCUUUCUCGGUCGUCGAAGCGCCCGCGGAAUUGUCUACCCUCACCACUCAUCUGACGGGUCAUAGUAUCGAGGACACAUUUCCAGAUGGAGGACUACGCUCGUGGAGUGUGGUGGUGGGCUCGUUCUUCCUUCUCAUGAGCACAUUUGGUGUAAUGAACACGACGGGAAUUCUGCAAAGUUACCUGACGACGCACCAAUUGUCGAACUACUCACCCAGUGCUGUGGGAUGGAUUCCGGGACUGUUCACAUUCUUCGGGCUGAGCAUCUCUGUGCAGGUGGGUCCCAUGUUCGACCGAUAUGGACCUAGAUAUAUUCUCAUGUUCGGGACGGCGUGCUAUAUCGCCGGACUUCUUCUCUUGGCGGAAAGUUAUCUCUAUUGGCACUUUGUACUGACCCUGGGUGUGCUUGGUGGAACUGGGACUGCAUUCUUGAGUACCGUUGCUUUGGCCAGUGUGCCGCAAUGGUUCGAUCGGAAGGCAGGUCUUGCGCUUGGGAUUUCGAUGGCAGGCGGAGGAUUGGGCGGUGCUGUCUUUCCGUUUAUGCUGAGGGGUGGCUUUACCCGGUUUGGAUAUAAAUGGACUAUUCGGUUGUUGGCGUUGGUGAUUCUGAUGAUGUGCACCGUCGGAAUUGUUCUGGUUAAGGCCCGUCUCCCGAAAGGAAGAAGCAAAUCGACAAUCAAUUUGAGAGCAUUCAAGGAUGCGAGAUUCACUUGGUUGACACUUGGAAUGUUUGGUGAGUCUUUACCACUUGCGCAACAUGGAGGAGUUAUCGCUGACGACAAGAUAGGACUUGAACUCAAUGUCUUCGCUGGCCUGGGUCUCUACCCGACAUACGUGGUAAUGCAAGGGUUCUCAAACAACGAUAGUGUUUAUCUUCUCGCCGUUCUGAGCAUAUGCUCCACGAUCGGCCGACUAGUCGCUGGAGGCGUGGCCGAUCGCUACGGCAGAAUCAACACCCAGACUGCUCUGAUAGUUCUGGGCGUAUUUGCAGUAUUCGUGAUCUGGCUGCCUUUUGGAAACACCCUGCCAGGGCUGUACAUGUUCUCCAGCAUCUUCGGACUGGCCUCAGGCUCAUUCCUGAGUCUGGCACCAGCCUGUAUCGGCCAAAUCUCCAAAGCCAGCGAGGUAGGCGGACGAUUCGGACUAACCUACUCGAUUGUCAGCAUUGCGACCCUGAUUUGUAUCCCCACCGGCGGAGAGAUGCUGGAUAAAGUCGGCAAAAAAGCCAUGGUAGCCUAUCUCGGUGGUGUCCUGAUAGUCGCUUUGGGAUUAUUCACUAUGGCAAGAUGGGCGUGUCUCAGUUACCGAUGGCGAUGGCACGCAAAGAUCUAA